GCACUAUAUCACCCUCGCCCAACUCCUCUGCUCAUCGCAACAUUACCACCCUUCGCUCCCUCGCUCGCUCGACAUUGAUCGAUCGAUCUCAUUCUUUUUCAACCCCCGAUCCCGUGCUUUUUCGGACAAUCGUGCACGUAGUGUUUAGAGCGCGUGGAGUAGUCGAACAGCCAUGAGUCCGCUUCGUUUUCUCGCCGUUUUGGUGCUGGGGGCGCUCGUCGUGUGCGCCGCUGCGGACACGGCCGACCACGCAAAGGGCAAAGGCGACGAGGCGCAGGCCAAGGUGGCGGAAGGCGCCGCCGCCGCGCACGAAUCUGCUCAGACCUGGACCGAGAUGGCGAAGGAGAAGCUGAACAUCUUCUCGUCGGAUGCGCAGGAGAAGGCAGGCGACACCGUGGACGCCGCCAAGGACACUGCGGGUUCCGCCAAGGACAAGGCAGCGGACACCGUGGGAACUGCCAAGGAUAAGUCGGCGGAGGGCGCCGCUGCAGCCCACGAGACCGGGCACUCGUACCUGGACAUGGCGAAGGAGAAGCUGAACGAAUACAUCAAUUUCUGUUUGGGCAAAUUCAGGGGAGCCUCCGAGACCGCAGAGAGCGCCAAGGACAAGGCUGCUAACACUGCCAACACCGCAGCGAGCAAGGCUGGAGAGGGCAAGGAUGCAGCUGUUGAUUCUGCCAAGUCCGCAGCUGACAAGGCUGAGGAAGGGAAGGAUGCGGCUGCUGAAUCCGCUCGCGAAGCUGCGGAUGUUGCAGGAAGCAAGGCUCAUUGCGGAAAGGAUGCCGCUGUGGAUACCGCAUCAGGUGCUGCUGACAAGGCUCAGGAUGGCGCUAGCUAUAUCAGGAACACCGGAAGUGAUGCAGCAUCCAAGGCUGCGGAGGCAGCUGGAAUUGCGAAGGAUACUGUGAGUGAUUCCGCUCAGAGUGCAGCUGGUAAGACCAAAGAUACGGCUGCGGGUGCUUCUGACAAAGCUCAGGAUGGAUAUGAGGCAGCGAAGGAUACCGUUGGUCAGGGAUAUGAUUCAGCUGCGGACGCGACUAAAGACGCUGCCAAAUCUGGCACGAAGAUGACUAGCGAUGGAGCGGAAAAGGUUAGGGACACUGCGUCUUCGCAGUACGAGGAGUUGUAAAUGUAACGUAGAGGGUAACCAGGGUUCGAGUAGAUGCCGUGAUGGCAGUAGAGUCGGAAAUGAGCAGACCGAUAGGAGGGAGUCGGAAGUUGAGGUUUGAAGUGUACAGUGGGCCAUUCAACGUUUGUAUAUCAAGUUCUGGGUGAAUGGAUUGAGUGUUGUAGCACGCGGUUUAAUUUUUCUAGGGGUGUAAAUAGAGGGGGAGUGCUGAGGACUCGCUCGUUUGUGUAAUUCUGCUGCCAUAGGCAUGACAUAUAUAAGAUGGAAUGUCAUUUGACCAUA